UACAGAGCUCAGGUUUUCUCCACAUAUAAAGCGAUCAUCUGGCCGUCUAGAAGUAUAAACUAUUUCUACAGAAAUAAGAAACGUACUGCAAUUGUGUGGCUGUAAUUUAUCAGCAUGUUCAGUAACGCACUUUUCCUCGCCAUGAUUCUGGCCGUGGCUCUUGCCAAGAAAAAGAGCCCAAAGCAUCCUCACGUAAGCCCUUUUCCCGAUGGACCGGCCGUACGUUGUCUCACUGUGCCCGAUCAGAUAGAAUACAGAAUGGACGUUAUAUACCAGGAGACGGACACAAUUAGCUUUCAGGCGGAGUAUCAUGUCGCCGUGGAUGUCAGAAACUCCAAGGUGUGCACCCUGGUCACAAAGGUGGAGGAUGGUGUCACCACAAUUCUGACAACUGUCAUCAAUUACAACACGGGUAACACAACCGUCAUAGAUGAGGAUGGUUUAUGUACAUAUUCUGCCAACGAACCUGGUGCAGAUUUGCGUGACGACUGGCUUUGCAUUCCAGAUACCGCCGUAUGUGGAGACGCAGUGGAUAUCGGGCGUAUAGUAGGACCCAAACCCGGACCUGGACCCAGACCCCGACCAAACUCGGUGGAGUGUGUUGACGCGGAAGAGAACAUGGCGUAUUCGGCAAAUCGCACGUAUUACGUGCGGCAGCCGGGAGGUUUCCUUGUCAUGGACACCAUGUUUGGAUAUCUCAACGAUACAUCUAAUUCGACUCACACAGUGACCAGCAGCAGGGUCUUCCACGACUAUCGGUGGCCCAUUUCGGAUCCUAGCAUGUGCAUGGUUCCAGCUGGUUGCACAUCCGCCGAAUCCAAAUCCUCAACAACUUUGUAUUUCCAAAAGACUGUAAUUGACAAUGCACGCUUUGCAAGAAAAAUGCCCUGGAAGAAGCAAUUUUAAGUUUCUACUUGCAAGAGUAUAUUUAGAUAACGAAAUUCAUCACCACUGACGAGAAAGGACUAUGAAUGACUAUUAUAAUAAAAAAACUCAUUUACACUAACUCUACAAUAGUAGUAAGAAAUCUGCUCAUCGAUUAUGGCCGCGAAAAAAAUUCUCAAGCAGUUGAAACUGAAAAAUGUGCAAAGUGAUCUGACUUAUGAAAGUGCUCUGUAGAUAAAAUAUUCGCAAAUGAUACGAAAUGAAAAUCAUCGCAACACUACUGCCGCAAGGGUUGUUCAUUAUCAACAAAACGCUCUUUUUCAAGACUGUUGUAUUGUCAGACAUCAAGGUGAUUAGCCGUUCAAGGCAGGUUGAAAACACGUUAUUUACAAUGAAUUACAAAAAAAGGUAGUUUAAGUAACAAUUUAAGCUUUUUGUGUAAAUGGAUAAGAUUUUACUAGUUGCGGAAAGUCCUACAAGCAAUUGAAAUAUUGCAAAGUUCAAGUAUUCUCUAUUGAUGCAUAUACAUUUAUGAAGACCGUUUUUAUGUAAAAAAAAACAUACACAUGCAAGUGGUUGAAAUAUAUGUUCGCAUUGUGACUUUAUCCUAUGUACGUACGUUUUAAAGACCACAAUCAGAAAGUGCCUACGGGGGGGAAAGAAUAAUAUCCUAAAAGAUGUUCAAAUUUAUUUCAUACCAAUUGCAGAUAUUUUCUGCUUUGCAUCUAUAAAACAAUGAUGACUCCCGUAACCUAUCUAUUCACCUUCACCAGCAUUUGGUACAUGUGUAUAUGAUAGGCGUUGAAAAUAAAUAGCAUUGCCCGCAAUGUAUUUUUCGCAAUGUAUUUUAAUUUUUUUUUUCUCUUUUGCUUCGCUUUUUUAUUUUCACCUCCUCGUUCCCUGCACAUCUAUGUCAGAUGAGUAAUCAUGUUAUACAGUCGUUUUGAUACUUUCAUUCAUUGCCUUUGCCGGAUUAAUCCCUUUUCAUGUUAUUCGUUUGCCUGUUACAUUUCUCAUUUACAUGUUUUAACCAAGUGAC